AUGAACACUGCCCACAGGUUCCGGCAUGGCGUUUACAGCACCUUCUCAUGCGCUAUUCGAGGCUAUCUGGGGACUUUUAACAUUCGUCGUGUACAUUCAAUGAAUCCUAAACCCACGAUGUCUACGAUAAUUGAUAAGAUCAAGGUUAAGUCUCCGGUUGUCGAAUUAGAUGGAGAUGAAAUGACCCGAAUAAUUUGGCAGCAAAUCAAAGAAAAAUUUAUUUACCCAUAUCUAGAUGUCGAUUUGAAAUAUUAUGAUUUGGGCCUUUCGAAUAGGGAUCUGACAGAUGACCAAGUCACUCUCGACGCUGCUGAGGCUAUCAAGAAAUAUUCUGUUGGAAUUAAGUGCGCUACCAUCACCCCGGAUGAGGCAAGAGUCAAAGAAUUUAAACUUAAAAAGAUGUGGCUAUCCCCUAACGGCACGAUCCGAAAUGUACUAGGUGGAACUGUGUUUAGAGAACCUAUUUUGAUUCCUCGCAUCCCACGAUUAGUACAGGGCUGGGAAAAGCCAAUUAUAAUCGGUCGGCAUGCAUUUGGUGAUCAGUAUAAAGCCAAAGAUCUAGUUGUCAAGGGUAGUGGUGUUCUGAAAAUGGUUUUUACGCCCGAUGGUGGUGAACCGGAAGAAAUUGAGGUAUAUCGCUUUCAAGGUGGAGGAAUCGCACAUACACAAUAUAACACAGACGAGUCUAUCUCAGGAUUUGCGCAUGCUAGUUUUAAGCUUGCUCUGAACAGGUCUUUACCGCUCUAUCUGAGCACUAAGAAUACCAUACUCAAGAAAUAUGAUGGGCGUUUUAAAGAUAUCUUUCAAGAAAUUUAUGAAAGGGAAUAUAAAACCAAGUUUGAGGCCAAAGAGAUCUGGUACGAACAUAGACUCAUCGAUGAUAUGGUAGCACAAAUGAUGAAGAGUUCUGGAGGAUAUGUUAUGGCCCUUAAAAAUUACGAUGGUGAUGUUCAAUCCGACAUAGUUGCUCAAGGAUUUGGCUCCCUAGGUCUCAUGACUUCGGUGCUCAUCACACCCGAUGGGAAAACAUUCGAAUCAGAAGCUGCACAUGGAACUGUAACCCGGCACUAUCGCGAGCAUCAAAAUGGCAGAGAAACCUCCACAAAUCCCAUAGCAUCAAUUUUUGCCUGGACUCGCGGUCUUGUCCAGAGAGGUAAUCUUGACGAGACACCAGAAUUAGUUUCCUUCGCCAAUUUACUAGAGAAAGCUUGUAUCGAUACUGUGGAUUGCGAUGGCAUCAUGACGAAAGAUCUAGCUUUAGCAUGUGGAAAAGCUGCAAGGAUUGACCAUGUCACAACUUCAGAGUAUCUUGAGGCGGUAGAGAAGCGAUUGAGAAAAUCAUAUAAAUCUAAGAGUUAG